GGUUGUGGAGUCGUUCAAUAAAAUGUUAGAAAAUGGACCAUUGUCUACCUCUAAUGAAUCUGUAAGUGUACAUUGAAUUUUAAAACAUUCAAAUACAUGCAUAGUAUGUCACUGGUUAAUAUAGACACUCAGUAGUACUAGAAAAGCGAGUUACAAACUUUAAGCAAAUUCGCCAUUUUUGCAUGUUGUUACCGCGGUAUUAGAUGAGUGUGUGUUACUCAAACCCAGAUUUAGUGAUGUCCUAAUUCCCAGUCGCACUGUCUAUUUUAAGUGCCAUCAUCGUGGAAAAAAUGAAAUUUUCUGUUUGAGGAUAUUUUUUCUCGUUCCUGAAUUGUUGACCUCGGGCUGUAUUUUUUAAAAUUAGUUAAUUAUUUCUGUUACCAGUGACCAUACAGUAUGAAAUCGCAAAGCAGUUAAAUUGCACAUUGUGAAAAGCUACUACAGUAUAAAUACCUCCGGACCAAAACGAGCUAUCGAAAUACUGAAAGCGAUAUGAUGGUUUAUUUUGUAUUGAUGUUUCAUUACAAACAAAAUUAUAUAUGGGAUAUCUUCAUGUUACAUUAAUGUUAUUGGACAACUAGUUUAGUAUUUAAAAACGAUACUUCAAGCAUUUUGUGUCUCUCAUGAGUCUUAGACUUUUACCUAUUAUAAACUUCUUUUGUUUUGGUACUACAGAUGCUCGUUCCUGAUGGCGUAAAGACUCAUGUAAUUCAAGUGUAUUUUGAAGAACUGUUGAAGUGUGGGACUUCCCAGGUAAUAUACCCUCCUCAGUAUGUCCAGAAACAACUAAUAUAAGGGACUCGCAAAUAAUCUAAUACAAACAAGACGCUAGGGUCGUUGGGUUCUCCAGCAACUAAUAAUUUUAUUAAUCAAUACGCUAUACUGUAUAAUAGACUACUUAAAAAACACAUUUCAGGUUCAUUACAACCUUUACAGCCAUCGCGGUAAAACCACUUCUUAUUCUAUUAUGAAUCAUAACAAUUAUUUAUUAAUAAUAAUAAUAAUAAUAAGCUUUAAUCGAACUCACUAAAAUUUACAAAACUACGUUAAAACAAAAAUAGUAGACAUUAGUCAUUACAAACAGCAAGAGACGAGUUAGAUCAUUUGGGAUUGACAAAUGGACUCGACGUCCCAACAUGCAACAAGGCAAACCCCGCACGUUAACUACAACUAAUUUUACACCAUGACAACAUGCAGAAAAUACACAUAAAAGUUCUCUAAAUAUUAUACUGAGCAGCGCCAUUUUCGUCGUUUGACGCUAAUUUCGGAACUCUAACUCUAUUUAUUAUGAUUAAUAAUAAUUAUAUAAUUUUUAUUUUUCUAAUCGAGAUUUCACGUUCUGUUCUCCUUCAACUACUACAACCCUUCAUUCGAUUGCUGGCUACUUCGAAAAGGUAAAAGAUGCAAAUACUGACUACGUACAGUACAGUUGCAUUGACAUUGUGUAAAUCGUCUGCUAAUAUACUGUACAUACAUGUGAAUUGAGUUGAUUGAUAGGACCUAUAUAAGUUUCGGCGACAGUUCAACUGUUCAAGAGUUCAUUGAAGACAGUAUCAUUUCAGCUCGCCACACAACAAGUUGAAAAUUUUGAGCAUUAUGAAAGACAAUGCUGAACGUAAAUACGUAAAAACACACUAAAAGAUAUGUUAAAACUAGUUAGUAACAUUACAUACGUACUGUUCGAAAAUUUCGGAUAAUAAUGAAAAACUGGAUCUUUCUUUGCAGAUAAAAACACCAAAAAACAUCCCGCGCGGCUUGUUUCAAUAUUUUUACCAAACCACGAAGAUUCCACGGCGGGUGAAGUCCGAUCUACCGCGGGUGGCUUAUACAAAUAAAAUUUAUUGAACGUAGUUAUGUCUAACUUAAAUUUUGAUGUAAGCCUUGCACAUUUCUAUAAAAUAUUAGCCAAGAUAUAGGCGUUUACACUCAAGGUAGCGUUUUUGGAAGAAGCGAGAUUGUCUAUUUAUUUGCAUUAUGGUAAUAAAAUGGCCAUUUCUCGCUUCUUCCGAAAAUGCUACCUUGAGUUUAAACGCCUAUAUCUCGGCUAAUGCUCUAUAUAGAAAUGUAUACAUCAAUAUUUAAGUUAAACUUUACUGCGUUCAAUAAACUUUAUUUGAACAAGAUGGCUUAUUUAGUUUUUUAAUUACAAUAAUUCAACAUUUGUUUGCGCCACUCGGUAUAUAAAUCGUAUUUUAAACUGUACUAACCGUAGGGAGCCACCUUAAAUACAGUCUGUAUUCUCUCAACGUAUGUGAUUUACAUGCGGUACUUGUAAUUGGUGAACCAGACGGUACCCUGGGUGCCAGAGGUUUUCCACGCUCGCAAAAAAUCACGUCAAAAAUAGCGACGGACUGUUUAUAUUACGCGGUAUUUCUGGGAGCAUGGAACACCUUCUGGCACCCAAAGUAGCCAGAGAGUAGUUAACUACCUAAUGGAUCUAGUAAAAAACGUUUAUGUACAAGGGAAUCAAACAAAACAAAUGUGCGUAAUUGCAGCUAGUAUAGCACAUGCAUGUUAACCAACAAAAUAAUGAUGCAUGAAUUUUUUAACAAACUUCUUCAAAAAUAUUUUUAUUUCAUUAGCAAAGUUAUCACGAAAACGGUUUCCGAAGAAAUAUUUGAUGAAUUGUUGAAAAAUGUUACGGAACAUCAAGAUGGUUGUUUGUUAAAGGUACAUGUAGCUUCUUGUUGCAUGUUUUUAAUAUUUAAUAGAUAAGGCCUGUUUCAGACGGCGUGCUCUUCGUGUGCCGAACUUAAUUGUAUUAGAUGCGACAUAAGAACGGCAUAAGAACUUAUGUCGAACUUUUGCCGUACUUAAUUGAUUCAUAUAUACGUUGCUCUUCUGCCGUACCUAAGGCCUGUUUCAUACGUCGAAUUUAAUUCAGACGAAUUUAAUUCGUUAUUAAAUUCGUCAAUUGGUCGACACUAAAAUGGUUUCGUUUCAAACGACAAAUUUAAUUCAGACGAAUUCAUUUCAUGUCUAGCGAUCAUGGAUUACCCAGAAGUAAAAACCACGAGACCAGAAAGAGAGAAACAGACUUUAACAUAAUUUAUGCAUUUAAUUCGGCACGUCGUAUGAAACGAAGACGCGCUACAGACGUUGUAUCCGUCUGAUCAUGGGUACUAUUAUUCGGGUAUCACGUGUUAUUGUACAUUUUACUAUCCUUAACAUUUAGGUGGAUUUUCAAGCCAUGAAUGACGAGUUCUUCUCUUGGGCCAGCCGUAAAGACAUACCUACACGAAACAGACAUAUCUUAUACGGGUACAUUGAUAAAUUUAAGGUCUUUCCUAAAGAAAACGAUUGUGAUUCAACAAUUCAACAAGAACAAGUUAAUGGUUUGAAUGAAUCGACGCAUGAGGCCAGGGAAAAGUGCAACGACAGUAUGGAGGCAAGUGUGAAUAACUGUAAUUCAAUGGAUAUCGAUGGAGAUAAAGAGUGUAAAGUUCAUACAAAAAAAAUCAAGAAAGGUGAAGAACGGAAACAACAUGAUGUUGUUGAAGGUGAUGCUCGUAUGUGCGACAUGGAUCCAUCCGCUGGCGCUGAACGCGUCAAGAAGAAAAGAAGUAGGAAAAGGAGAAAUUUGAGUCAGGAUUGUGCUACAAUUGCAAAUGGCAGCGAAGUUUCGGUGGAGGAUAGUAUAGCCAUUUACGAAGAUAGUGAAAUGAAAGAAGAACAUGAUAAGCAGUUUCUGAGCGAAUGCGUGGAAGACACGAGCAAAACUGGGAAGAAGGUAAAAGGUAGGAAACGGAAAGGUGAUAGUAAAACUGGUAGUGAAGAGAAUACCCCUACGCUAACUGAAGAUGUGAAAUCUAUAAAGAAGAGAAAACGAGGCAAACCUAAUGGAAACAAACUAUGUGACGAAACCCAAGGAGGUGAUACUGUUGAUAAACAUAGAAAAAAGAAAAAGAAUAAAUCUGUUGUCCAGGACAGCAGUGAGAUAGCGCCAGUAGGAAAUGAAAAUGAUGUGAAAGAUAAAUUAUCCAAUGAAGCAGAAGCGUCAGGAAAUAAAGGGUCAGACGUUAUGAACAUCACCCACGACUCUUUAGACGGAUCGUAUUUAAGUACACUCCCGAAACAGGCGCGAAAUGUGACAUCUUUGGGGGGAAACGUUGUCAAAACUGAAGUAUUUAAGAAAUCAACUGUGCAAGAAACAAAUAACACGAAGACGAAAAUUAAAGAUACGCCAAGAAUUGAUUCGAGUGCAGAUAGUUUGUGUCAAUCUGAUUUACGCUUAGCUGCUGAUACAAUUACCAAGACACCAGAGGAAGCCACUGAAAUAGCAAAAGGUGACGAUAUUAAUCUGACUCCUGACUCGAUGCCAUUGGCCGUGUUUCUUCGCCACGCACAGAAGAAGGUAAAAGCUAAUACUGAACCAAGAACUCACACGGAAAGAAAAAAAAUGGUAAGUACACAAAUCGUAGUACAGUAAUAGAUUUAGCCUGCGAACAGGCCCUGGGUUACGGGCGGCGCGAAGAAUAGAGGGCCUGCACGGAACUAUAGGUUUUCUUGGUAGUGGCGUUCGUAUAGAAACGCAGGCUUCUGAUUGGCUUACACUCGUUGACAAAAUUGCUAAAAAUAGCAAAUGUCAACAACAGCAUUUUGAAGAAUAUGAACUUUAUUCAUAUUAUAUAUUAUAAGACUAUCGAACAAAUAAAACUAGAAAUGGAAACCAAAAGCAAUAGCAAAGCAUCACAGCAAAAAGUCUAUCAUAAAUGACUUGAAUCUAUCGCUUAAAUCCAAUAUACAAAACUAUAACAGUAUUCUGAACUUCGGAUUGACAUCAGACUAUAGUAUAGUAUAGUACAUUUUGAGGUCGUCGUGGCUUCACGGAUUAUUCUCAUUAUAGUGAGCAAGUCAGCAAGCGAAAGUAUACAAAAGAUACCCAAAUAUGUACGAAUAAUUAUAUUGUUAAUCCUCGCUGGCAUGUCUAUUAGAUAUAAAUAUAUAUCGUACAUUAAACGCUGUACUAUUUACUGUAUAAACUGCUGACAAUUUCGUCGUCGAACGGCUUCCACCACUAUGCUUCUACUAUACAAACGGGAAAUCGAUGCCCCAACACCCGAUUGGGCUGUCAAUUUCCCGUGCGUAAUACAAAAUGACUGAAAACGGCAAACUUCUCAAGGCUAUAUUAUCCGCAUUUUACAACAAUUCGCAACGAAACUUUGGAAUAUUACUAAUUUUGUGAUGCUCUUUCAAGCUGUGAUGAAAUUUUUGUCUAGAUCAAAAUUUAGUCUAUAAUGCAAAUGGUCCAUUAUUGAACGAUUAUUGAAAUAGCAGGCUAUUUCACUCGACUAAUUGUUGAAGGGAUUUCAUAGAUGGAAAUUACGAAUGUAUGUAAUUUUUAUUCAUUAAUUAGACCUACAGUAAAUAUGAGUAAUGGAGUAUAGUUGUGAAAAAUGCCCUCUGGCAGAAAACGAACCUGGGGAUCAGCGAUUCCGGUGCACUGUCCAGUUGUCGAGCCCCAACCAUAAGUUCAUGUAUAAAUUACUAAGGUGAUGCUAAUGUAAACUGUAUGGAUAAAUAUCAGGACUUCAGGCAUGUCACUCGAUAGAUUAUUACAUUUAUUAGAGAAAAUGAACUAUAUGCCCCCUGGCAACUAUAUAGGCCCUCUGGCAACUAUUAGCCAUUCCAAAGUUGAUGAGAGCACUUAGGAACGAGUGUUAAAAAGUGCCCAAAUUAAGAAAUAAACCAAAUCACUAAAAAGACCACCUUAAAAUUAGUAAAUAUGCAAAGUUUGAAGACGUUUACAUGAAUACCCUUCGAAUAAUAAACUUUCAAAAAUCGCGAUAUUUACUAUGAAAUGUUCUGUAAUUUUUGUUUGGGGGAACGCGCGUUCCAAAAACAGUCUUUUAAUCACUAAUUUCACGAUUUUCGAAAGCUUAUUAUUCGAAGGGUAUUCAUGUAAACGUCUUCAAACUUUGUAUAUAUACUUAAUAAUUUUGAGGUGGUCUUUUUAGUGAUUUGGCUCAUUUCUUAAUUUGGGCACUUUUUAGUCUUUUUAACACUCGUCCCCAGUCCACUCAUCAACUUCGGAAUGGCUAAUUGUUAAUUGAGGUGUGACAUUUUUUCCCACAUCAAUUUUUACAAUAUUGAAAAAAUUCUGGAUAUAAUGUGCAUAUUCGCUAAUUCAUCCAAAUAUUUAGAAUCGUCUUCAGAGAUAUGAAACUGUUUCAUUGUCAUUAUUCCUGACACUGCAGACCGAGAAGAACGAAAAAUUAUUUGUCUCGAAAGAGAUUAUUUUCAUAUCUCUUGAGGAGGAUUCUAUUGACUUGAAUGGACAAUUAAAUAGACAAUUUCAGCUAUCGACUAAUUUUUUAUCUAUAGACAAGAAAGACGAAAUAUAUCAUUAUAGCUCAAAAGAGCAUCCUAAAAUAAGUAAAAUUUUAAAGUUUGGUUGCGAAAUGUUGUAAAAUACGGAAAAUAUAGCCCUGUGAAAUUAGCGAAUUUUCAGUAUUUAGUAUUAUGCGCGGUAAAAAUAACCACUUUCGGCUCAAAAAUGGUUAUUUUUGCCGCGCAUAAUACUAAAAUACUGAAAAUUCGCUAAUUUCACAGGGCUAUAUUUUCCGUAGUUUACAACAUUUCGCCACCAAACUUUGCAAUUUUACUAAUUUUAGGAUGCUCUUUUGAGCUAUAAUGAUAUAUUUCGUCUUUCUUGUCUAGAUAAAAAAUUAGUCGAUAGCUGGAAUUGUGUAUUGGAUUACAACUCGCCACCAUGCAGUCGCCGUUGAUUGGCGUUGAACAUGAUAGCUUAAUGUAAUGGAUAUUAUAAAAAAUACUGUAGAGGAACGGUUGAACUCUUCCUUGCCAGAUUUCUCAACCUACCAUGCAUGCACACCAUUUUUCAUUCUCAAUCGGUAUAUCGUUAGUUGACUUGAGAUCUCGCAUUGAAAGUUGGUCGUAGCAUUUGCAACAAUUCCAGGUUGAAUUCUGAAUAAUUAUAUUGAAGUCUUUAAUUUGAAAUUCUAAACCCGUAGCACUGAGUGCUUUCCUAUCUUAAACUCCAAAAUUAAAUAAAUCUUUAGUUCUUGCGAUGAAGUUGCCUUGCGAUGAAGUUGCCUUAAAUCUUGCGAUGAAGUUGCCUUCUGGAUACUUACUGGGGACUCCAUCUUGUUUAGUCAACUCAAUCCUUUGUUGUGCAAACGUGCUGAAGUGUUCAAAUUUAGUCCGAAUUCGUUUUAUGUUCAAUUUUCGUUUCCACAGCGACAGAAUACUGAUAGUUUACGAGCCUGUCUCUUCAGUUCUUUAUAAUAUGUUGGCGUUGCGAUAAGCCAAUAAAUUGGAUGAAUAACUUGCAUAGCCAAAAACAAUGGUAAUGUAUACAGGCAAGCCUUUACUAAAACACGUUGAUCGCAUUGUGAACAAUGUAUGAUGAACAAAUACAUUGUAUUUGAUGGCAGGCUGCAGAGAACUAAGGUUGCUAUGAAUACAAACAGUACUCUUGCUAAGCGGAUAUUUUGACGGAUAGCUACAGUUCCUUGCUGUGUUGCUGAUACAUUGAACCUUUUUUUAAGAUCAUUGUGUCUUUUCCAAAGCGUGUGUAAGAUACGUAUGAACAUGUAGGCAAUGAAUGCAGUUAUUACCCAAGAAAUACAGACGAUAACCGUGACCAUUACUUUGAGGUAUUUAUCAAAAUCUUCAUGGACGAUAGGAAUAAUUAUCAUUACAGCAGUUGUCAGAACCCAAUGAAUACUGAGGAAAAUCAUGGUCGUUUUUAUCUUUUGUGGAUCCAUUGACUUAAAUCUCAACGGUUUAACAAUCAUGCCAUAUUGUGUUAGUGUGAGAAGAAAGACACUUGGAUAGUAUUUGGGUAAAAUUAUGGACAACAUUAUUGCACCAGCUUUGUAAGUCAAGGUCAUUCUGGAUAGACUGGAUGAUCUUACGUGGUUGUCGAUUCUGCCAACUACACUAAACAAUGUGGAUAAAACGUUGACUAUGGAAAGAUUAACCAACAACAGAUCUUUACUGCUUCGUGGGUUUUUAUCUGGAUUUUUCCAUAUCAUCCAGAAUAGUAUAAUAUUUGACACUAAACUCAUUCCCAGAAUGAUGUCGGCGAGAACUUCGAUUACUUUAAUGUUUUCUUCUGGCUCUAUUGGAAAACGGAACCAUGCAAGUGCAAAGUAUCUUGAGGAAUUGGAAACGUUUCGUAAAUCCGAAGACAUCGUAAUCAUUUUCCCGGUAAUCUGAUACGAUGAUUAAAUUUAAAUGACUAAUUUUGUACUCCCGGGCCUGACUCAAAACUCCAGAAUCAAAUUCAGAAGAGAAGCUGUGUGAUCUUCUCAACCCAAUACAAGUCAAAUCAAAAUCCACAUGUACUGCUGCAUGUAUGUAAGUUUUCACUGUUUCAGUGAGGAUUUAGCCGACAUGCAGCCGUGGCUGUGCUUUGGAGCGAUCCUUUCAGUUUCCACAGAUGAAUAUGGAGGCCAAAAAAAUGUUGAUAUUUUUUUCGCCACUGCAUGAAAUUUACAUUUCAAUUUAAAGAAUUGAUCCUGUUUCAGUUUUAACCAAAUUAAGCUGAAGUAAUUCAAGUAUAUAGGCAACUUUCCCAGAACUAUUCCAUAGAGCUGUUACUAAAAAAACUAGAUAAGUAAAAAAUAAACAUAUUAUUUUAUACUCAAUGCAUGAUAAUCACUGCAUGAUAGUGACAACAGGAUAUAUAUAGUGUUGUGAAUUUUAAAGAGAUUAAUCUUCUAGGUCAUAUAUUCAUGCAUUUAUAUGAGCGGCUUUUCACCUUUUCAAUUUGCAUUAAAUAAUGUUUUGGAGACUCGAAUUGUUUGUUUUUUUCAUAAGACAAUUAUAUUACCAGUAAAAUAAUGCACAAGGCAGCUUGACAAAUGUCUAGACAUUAGUUACCGAUAUUUAUAGGUAUAUCCAUCUCAUGUGCAUGCAUAUGCCGAGGAAAUAUACUAUAUUAUAGUAUAUAUACAGGGUGUAUAAAAAAAAGCGCAAUCCUCGACUGAAAUGUAAAUUGCUAAACAAAUAAUAGACGAAAACGUUAAAGUUUACAUUCAUUUUAAAGCGUAGCCAUUCAGCUUUCUAACAGUGGGUUGUUUCUUAAAUUUGACUCAUUGGUUCGCGGGUAAUAAUACUUUACGUUAUUGCGAUUGGAGAUUAAAAAAAUUGAGAUGGAAUAACAAAUCGUUCUCAUGAAAAUAACUGAUUUUUUCAUUAAAACAAACAAAUGUUGCAUUUUAUUAAAUGGAUUGUAACAAUAAGUAUAAUUACGGCUUUUCUUCCACUAUUUUAACUCAGUUUGAAACUUCAAAUGCGAUAUAAUUUUGGCUUGGACCAUCUAAGCUGACUGACAUCAACUUGCUAUAAUUUCUGUUUACAUUACAUCGCAAUUCGAUGACACUCUGGCUCAGACACCAGAAUGUUUUGACGAUUUUUAGCAUUCGUUUAGGAUUUUCAAACAACCUGGUCUCUUUUAAAAUACUUUUAAUUUGUUCUUACGUGGUUUUCCAGAUGUAGUGACGACAACAUUAAAGUUUAAAGAAGAAAAUUCUAACAUUUAAACCGACUAAACAAUAACAUAGUAAACUUGCAUAAUUAAACAGCAACUAAAAAUGAUAGGUUUUACUAAAUCUUUUCCUGUGCAAUUAUUACUAGCAUUGGAGACAAGGAUAAUAGUUUGUUUGAAAGAGAAAAGAACAGGCUUUGAAGUAAGCCUAAAAGCGUUUAACUAGAAAUAGUAUUUCGAAAGUUAUUAAGCACAAAAGAUGAAUUGCGUUUAUUUUGAUACACCCUGUAUACUUGAUAUUUUGGGCAAAGCUGUGUCCUUUUACUUGUCUACAUAAAAACCUCUUCAAAUAAUAAUAUUCCACAUAUAAUAAUAUGGGCAUAUCAUAUCAUAGAUCAACAGAUUCAUUUCAAGGAACCGCAAAUUACAUGAACCAUGUAUAUAUUGCCGUUUUAUGUACAAAUACUGGUAAUGAAAAAGCAAAAACUAACAGCGUAACUAAAGCGCCCCGCGGUUAUCAUCCUAAUAAACGUUUGGCCGUAAAUAUUGGAAAGUUUUUUAAUAUGUAAAGGCUUUACCUUAGUCCCGUGUGUUACUACUUCAAGCUGCUAUCAAUAAGUGCUAUAAAUCCUGUGAUGUAAACAUAGUAAGUAUACGGUAAUCCCAUCCUCUAAGUCAUGCAGCCUUCGAUCGCCAUGCUCAGGAUCUAUGAGCUCUCUGUGAAUGUAAUGACUAGCUAUAAUAUUCUAACUGCGCUCUAUAUAUAUGUUCCAAUCUUUAAACUUACUUCUGUUUCCAACGAUUACCACAAGAUUAAAGAAUGACUCUGCAUGCAACAUAUAGCCAGAGGAUGCAAUAUUAUUAAUAUAGUGUAUAUAUGUGACUGUUAAAAAGUCUUUGUCACAAUAACCUUCACUCAUAAAGAAUUAGACCGGAAAAUAAAAUGCUAUUUGCUCUGUUAAUAUACGUCAUUUAAUGAACUGCAAUUAAUAAAAGAAUUCUUUAUAGAAUUUGUAAGAAGACCAAAAUAACAAUUUUUGCUUCAUCAUGCAGCAGGCAUCUUGAGUUCAAAUUUUUCAAUCACUCUCUAUUCAGCUGAUAGUUUUAAAGAAAGUACAUUUUAACAAAAUAAAUAUAUGUUGUGCAGUUUCCAAAGUUAAGAUGAACAAAAUCCGCAGCAUGGAGUUUAAUUAAAUACGUAAGCUAAACACAAGUUGUAUAAACAUUUGUAAAGGCGGCUAUAUAUACAAUUGCUAUAUGCAUGUGCAUGCAAAUUAGACCGUUCAUAUAGAGAGCUAUGUAAAAUAACUUUUGUAUCUUACAAUACAUAUUACGUGAACUUUGAAGAAUAAAAUGUCUUAAAAAAAUCGAAAUCUAUUUUCUUGUUUAAAUUUUUUACCAAGAUCCAAUUAUAUAAUUGAAAAGGUUUCAUCAACAUGAAAGCCGGCAAGACGCUGUGAAAAUGAUGAGUUUUUGACUUAUAUUACUCAAUUAAUUAACUUUCUUAUAGUUCAUAUAUAUGAAAGAGAAAAACACCUGCCUUUUCGUAAUAAAUAAUUUAAAAACCUGUAAAACAAACGUUAAGAGCUAUUAUAUUUUGAAUCAUAAUGAAUGCAAAAUCACCCUUAAAAUCUGAAGAAAAAAUUAUAUUAAUUCUAUACUAUAAUGCAUAUUCUUCCUCCUCAAGACGUUAAUGGCAAUGUCUCCGCAUUCGCAUUUACGGACUCCAUGUCGCACUAGUGUUUGUCGUCUAUUAUAUUAUCAUUUACUUAAUCACGAUUAUAUGAUAUAGGACUAAAUUUAAACCAUCAUGUAUUCGUAAAUCUGCUUCUGUAUAUCAGUGAUAUAACUCAUUCUUUCAAUAAUUGUUCCCUGCUGAACGAAACCGAAUGCUCGCGGAGAAAAACCCUGAUUUGGUUCAAUCCGAUCUUGUUCCAUUGAAAAACAUGUUCAACGCUACUACCGAAUUAUUCCGAACUAUUUUACAAAAAGUCUUUAAAUUAUAACGUCAAUAUUUAUCUGUAGGCUUUUUUCUUCAUUUCAUUAUAGACGCCUAGAAAUCAGGCAAGUUCUGGCAAGAAGAAGAAAGUUCGCAUAGAACUAUCCAAGAAUACAAGCCACUCUACUCGAGGUAUAGUACUUUUCCCUUGAAAUUUUUGACUCCGAACGCUAUAACCUGGUGCAAAUCGUGAUGAGUAGCAAAAAUUUAAUUGCAGUAUCGUGAUGAGUGGCAAAAAUUUAAACGAGUCCGUCAUAUAUAAUUAUAUAAUAACUCGCCUCGGCGGCUCGUGAACCUCUUUUUGUUCUUGCCACAUUAUGACGUCAUACCGUGUAUCUAUAACUGAACAGACAACGGCAAAAUCUUAUCAAUUUGUUAAAUAGAUAGAAGGUGCCAGCGUGUUCGUUCAUUGAAAGGAAUAUGACUGCCUUUCUCACACCAUGCGACCAGGCCUUGUCCGCCGUUUUUGAGUGGCAAACUGCACGGGGAAAGUGGAUUGCAAUGAAAACACAGCACUAUUUUGUUUAUAUAAGUACUACAUUUACUUUCCUAAAUCACUCUUUCGCUUGUUGCCAUCUAUACUUCCCCGUGCGGUUUUACCUCCUCCGGACAAGGCCUGCUCGCGCAGCGUACGAAAGUGUAAUACGCCAAAUAGUUUCCAAGUAGGUGAACUGAUGUGAAGCGUUCCUCUUUUCAGUUAGAAACUCAUUUAGAAUUUUCUAUAAUUACCUUCGCAGAUUUGAAAAAUUAUUUUCAAAUCCCAUGAGGGAAUUUACAAUAUUUUUUAUAAUCAAAAUUUAUAUACAGAAGUAUUGCUUUGCAUAUAUAAAAUAGUUUAAUCAAAAUCCUAUUUAACAAAUCAUUAUUUCCAGGCUGCCAAUUUUCCUGACGACAAGUAACUGUAUGAUUGGUAUUAUAUUAAUACAAUUUUUUUUACUGCUGCGUCUAAUUUUAGACUAUAUAAAUAUUUUUUGAAAGUUCCCGUUUGACCAAUUUCCAUAGUUUUUAACAACGAUUCACACUGCAUAAUUUAAUUGGCUUAUAGGAACAUUUCAAAUUCCCUCGAGGGAUUUGCAAAGAGUUUUCAAAAUUGCAAAGGUAAUUAGGAAAAUUCCAAAUGUGUUAUAGAAACUCAAAAGAGGAACGCUUCACGUAUUCACGUAGUUCACCUGCAUGUAAUAGGUUUAUAUUCUUCAUCGCUAUUUCCUGAUGUACUCCCCUUCCAUAUAUUUAACUCCUAACUAAUCUUCACAUAUGAUACAUUUUGCAAGUAAAAACGUAUAGACACAAAUGAGAUGAGGUAGUCGCGCAUUCCCCCUUGUAAAUGGUUACAUUACCAGCUCAAUGACAAAUCCUCAAUAUACUAUAUAUAAUAAACUCUGCAGAUUACAGACAAAUUCUCAAGUGUAGUCCUGUUGUUCCAUUUGAUGCAAACAAGAAACCAGUUCAAAGCUCCUUGAAAACCCCACCAACAUCAGCAAGUAAGCCAACUACUGCAAGCUCACCACAACCACGGAAGCGACCUGCUGCAGUGGACUUCUUUUAACAGUAUUAAAGAAUCUUUGUAAAGAUUUUUAUCGUAUAACUAAAUAUUCAUAUGCUGUUCUAUAUUCAUAUUCUGUUUUAACAUUGCAUGACAAAUAUAUUGCUAUAUCCUAAUUCCUAAAGCGUUUUUUACGCGUGUCUUCAGCACGAAAUGAAAGAUAAUAGAUAUUAAUAAACAUAGUAUACAUGUGGAAGGUUGACUGAAGUCAUUUUCGUAUGUUUUUGUUCAUCUUAAGGUGGCUCGAUACAGUUUUCAAAAAUUCAGGUGUUUAACAGUUUGACAUGUUCAAACUACGCAUUUCUAGGAUUUAUUCAGCA